UUAACUCUCCAAAUCUCAAGUCUUUUAUCAAUCCUCCGCUGCGAAACCAUAACCUCAAAUCUCGAAAUCUCAAAUGCCUCUAAAGUGCCAUUUUCUCCAUGGUCAACCUCCAUCCCAGCACCUCCUCGUCUGUACUGCUCAAUGGCAACUCUUCAAGUGAUGGAACAUGGAUCGUUAUCUGACAAUGAAGCAGAAUUGGUGAGCGUUUCUAACAAAAAUGAUUACUACAUGUACUCUAUGUUUUGGAUUGUGAAAGUUUAUACUGAAGAUUUACCUGCAAAGUUGCUUAUUCUACUUGACCCGCUGUUGCUCCGCUUAAGCCGCAAGAGCAUUUAGAACAUCUAACUAUAAGCACAAACUUCUAACGUGUUUAACAUAUAGCUUUUUGUGUUUAGGAUCAGACUGCAGCCUGUAGACGAUAUCUGUGUAGCUCUCUCCAAUAUCAGAUAAGUUUUCCUGCAGUCCACUUAUCGCAAAGAAACAUUGAUAAUAAUAUAAAAGUUAACAAAGUAUCAGAAAGAAUAUCAAAACGUUGAAGGUGAUUGGGCCUCUGUUUCUCUCUCUCUUUUAGGCUUAAGUAGUUAACUAAGCUGAGCGUGUGUGGGUAAUUACGAUAAGAUGGUAUGCAUAGUUUUAAAAAAAAAAAAUUUACGUGACUAGCAUAUUGAUGGAAACCAACGUAAGGCUAAUAGUUUCAAGUAUGAUCUUCCGGUAUUGUUCUAAAGUAGUGUUAUAUGUGAUCUCCAUUAUUUAGAAGAAAAGUACUCAAUUAGAGAUAACUGAGUUCUAUGAAUUCAAUGUCUACUCCUUGUGAUGCAGAUUAUCAUUGGGAAUGAGAGGCCAAAGUUGCUCAAGCAAACCUACUCGGAAAAUACAGAAAGACUAAUACAGAAAUGCUCCAUAGUGUUUCCAAGCUACAGAAAUCGGAGAGAUACUUUGUGAUAUAAGAUAAAGGGGUUAUGAUCUUAUAAUGUUUGGGUGAAUGGGUGGAAGCGAGUAGUUGGACUGAAGUCUUUUUCUACUUGCUCAAGAGAUGAUCAGGGUGUGAAAGUCCAUGUGAUGAAUUCACAAACCUAGUCUCAAGGCAUCAUACACAAAAGACAUAAAUUCAAAUGUUUACUAAGUGAAGAAUUCUAUAUUGUUUAGAUAAACAAAAACAAAGCCAGAUUUUUAAAGAAUUUUUUUUUUAAAUUUUUAAAAAUUUCUAUAUCUUUUAACAAUGAGAACAACAAGCUUUUAUAGCUCUUACAAAAGAUUUUUAUAAAUAAA